UUAACCUUGCUGCGCUACGCUGAUAAACAAACAGUUGCGAAUUGCAGUUGACGCUUGACGGUUGUCUGUGGUGGUAGCCGGUGUUUUUUAAGUUGUUGACCGCACAAAUCAAGUCGAAAGUUGGUUAGUAGUGAUAAACUUGACAGUAAAAAGUGAACUAGAAACUUAGUGGUGUACGGUGUUUUUGGAUUUACCGCCGACUGGAAGGGAUUCGAUCCCUGAUAACGAACGUGAUGUAUAUGCAAAUGAAUGAUUGUGAUGAUGCUGAUUCGUUAAGCCGUCUGGUUUUCAAUUCAAUGUCGAUGACUUCCAGUAAUGAUAGCGAAUUCUUCGAAAGUUCAUCCAUAACAAACGUCAUAAAUGAGGAUGUCAAUCUUAACACAGCUUAUUACGAUAAUCAACCUAUGGAACUGGGUGAAGGCGAAAAUAAGGUGAACUUACUAGAAUGGACGACAAAGCCGGUGGUGCGAUGGAAUACAACAGACAUCCUAACGUGGGUGCUGGCUGUGGCCAAAGAGAACAACAUCGAUGCGAUGGCAGAUGAAACGAACACCAUGGUGGCUUUUUCGGAUUUGAAAGAUGGCGGCCGACUCAGUCAAUGCAGCCGCGAUGAUUUCCUUAGACUCACACCAAAUCGAGAGUUUGCUCUGCUACUCUAUGCAAACCUCAUGAAACUCAAACACAAUGAAGAUCUCAGUUUUGCCAGUUUCCAGUCAUUGGACCAUUACACGAAUUCCAGUCAAAUGGUGCCAUUAAUCAGUGUUUCCAGUUGUUAUGAUUCUGGAGAUAAUGCUAGUCUUUAUCCGCUACAAGAAGACUUUACGGGCGCAGGCGACAGUGGAUACGAGGACCCAUCUGACUCAGAGUUGAUGGGAAUGCUGAACCAGCACAAUGCCGAGACGGUCGACUACGCUACACUGCCCGUAAUGCCGAUGUCGGCCUUUGGGUUGGCGGCAGCAGCUGAGGAGGCGACAUCCUCCUCGGAGGCCGAGUCUGAAGAGGAGACCGUGGUUGAGGAGGAGAGUGCGGUUGUACUGACUAGUGAGGGAGGCGCCAAGAAACGGCCCGGAAGGCCGAGGGGCAUCCGAAAAAAGAAACCAGAAAAAGUAGGAAGGCUGUGGGAGUUCAUCAGAGACCUGCUAAACGACUCGAGGUAUUGUCCGAGCAUCAUUUGCUGGGAGGACUACGAGAAGGGCACAUUCCGAUUUGUGCAGAGUGAGAAGGUAGCCAAACUGUGGGGCGAAAAGAAGGAGAACUCCGAGAUGAACUUCGAGAAAUUCAGCAGAGCCAUGAGGUAUUACUACAAAAGCAAAGUGCUAAUACCCGUCCAAAGGCGUCUUGUUUAUCAGUUUGGACCGAAGGCGAUGAUCAGACAAAACCAGGCCUUGCAGAGCUCAAAUCCCUACAAAAAUAGUUAUCUAUCUUAGAAAAAAAGCCCACAUUCCAAGAAUGAAACAGUAUUACAAAUAGUAUUCAAUUAGCACUUUACUUUUGUAGUAGUACCAUAGCUGAAACAAUAAUACAAUGACAUUUGUUAUUAUCAAAAAUCUUUUGAUUUCGGAUUUUAACAGAAUAUUUUUAUUUUCAUUUCAGGUACCACUACAAGAAAAAUGUGCUAAAAUCAAAUAAAACUCGUCUUGUCUAUCAGUUCGGACCGAUGGCAAUCAUUUAACAAAACCAGGAUCUGUCGAGCUCUAUCAAACCUCUAUCUUCUUCAUGCUCCAACUUCUAUCAAAUUGGUCUCCCAUCGUAAUAGCCAUUCCAAAAGCGUUGUUAGCACUUUGCUUUUGUAGUAGUACCUGAAACAGUACAAUAAAAUUUUGUUGAUUUCAAAAGUCCUCGAUAUCCUUGAAGGAUUAAGAAUUCGAAAAUUAACAGAAUUUCUCUUUCAUUUCAGGCACUACUACAAGAAAAAUGUGCUAGUACCAAAUCCCAGUCGUCUUGUCUAUCAGUUUGGACCAAAGGCGUUGAUCAGGCAAAACCAGACUCUGCCAAGUUUAAACCUCUUUCAAAAUAUUUAUUCAUCGUAAACAAAUUAUAAAAAUAGACGAACUAUGAAGCUGGGCUCAUCAAUCUUGACGCAUCAUGAAUCGAAUAUCAAUCUUGAUGUAAGAAGUCAAAGUUUCUGCAUUCCCAAUCUGGAGUCAAUAUAGUUCUUGGAGUGCCUUCAGCUUUUUUCAAUUUUCUUGAAGUGUUUUCAAAUAUCUAAAAGGCUCAUCAACUUCUUGAAAGUUAGAGAUCCUGGUCUGCUAAUAAGAACUGUGAUAAUUUUUAGAGAAUUUGUGUAUCGGUCCAAAAUCAUCUCAAUUCAUAUUAUUUGUGAUAAUAGUGAUAUGAUGCCAUAAGUUCAUAAGUGUGAUAAUGAACUUGGAUGCGAUGAUGAUGAAUUUAGUUCAUGACCUUAUAUGAAUGAUGAAGCCUAUAGUCGUAAAUUAGAUUCAGCGAUGAAUCUGAAUAUUCUCAAAUGAGAUGGCAAAUUCAGAAAAUGUGUAUGAUGUAACAAUAAUUUACAGAAAAUGAAUGUGUUCAUGAAAUUAAGCUUCACGUUUAAUUCAUUUGAAGAAUUUGAUAGGUAGUGAAUUGAAGCAUUUCGUGAUAUGUGGUAAAUAUGUGAACAAACUGAGUUUUUCAAUCUUUCACGUUGAAAUAUACAUUCAUGUUAUAUUGUGGAAAUGCUGAUUCAUUAGAAUAUACUAUAAAUAGUAAACUAUGUAUUGUAUAAUGGGUGGAAUCAAAAUUGUAGACGAUAAUUUUUUUUUGUUGUGUGGUAUGGUACCAUUAUAUGACUGAAAUAAGUUGUAAAAUCUAAUAUUUUAUGUUUGCUUUGGAAUGAUCUCUGAAGAUACUUAUUCAGGCUGUUUUUAAUAGAAAGAGAUCAAACUCUGUACUGUAGUCUAAAAAUGAUGAUUCCCCUUUUAAUGGCGUGAUAAGAUUGAAUGUGUAUCUGUUUUUUUGUUAUAAAGUAACCAACUAUCUUAUUAUUGUGCUUUGUAUACUUCUCUUUCGUAAUUUAGUUAAAAUGUAAAAUGCUAUAUUGGCUUCGAGUUCUAUUGGUGCUAAUAUUUUCUAAGCAUAUAUGUUGUAAAGAUUUUCCUUAAAAUAAUUCUAAUGUUCUUAAAUCCUCACAUGAGUUUAUUACUAUUAUCUCCAAACAAAUAAUUGUACAGAACAUCAAAUUAAGUUGAUUAAUUCAUUUCUAGAGAUAUCUUUACUACAUCGAAUAUAAAUAAUCUUAGUAUUCCAUUGAGUGUUGAUUUAGAAGUUACUGUCUUUAUCCUAUUUUUGGAUAAUAAGUUGAUCUUAAAAUGAAAAAUAAUACUGUUAAACAUAAUUUUUUUAAUGAAUCUUAUAAAUUUAUACAUUUAGUUUCAUAAAUCUAUAUAAUUUAUAAGUUCAAUCAAUGAUGAUUUAAAAAGUAUUCUGAAUAUUCCCAAUGAAUGUGGGUUUGCUAAGGGCAAAUAUGUAAAGAGAAAACUAAUUCACGUUUUAGAUGAAGACAUUCAACGAAACUAUAAGUUGAUUACUAAGAGUAUGAGUUUCUUAAUUAUGCUAAUUAGAUUAGAGGCUCUCAUCAUGAAUAAAAGUUCAUUAAUCUCCAUUAUCACGCAAAUAUUAUAAGUAUUUUCAACUGAUAAGAUGUGAAUCAUGAUAAUUAUUUUUUCUAUUAUCAUUAAUUUAUAGAUGAAAUUAAUCCAAUGGGUUUUUGCCUUCUCUAAUCUAAAUAAGAUUAGCCACAUAAAUCUGAAACCCAUUUACAAUUAAAUAUAAUAUUCCUGAUUACUUUAAGACCUUGGGGCAUGAUAACUGUGCCGAAAGUUAUAUUGGCUGUGCUUAUUACAGAUUACGACAUAUAUCACUCAGUAAAUUAAAAAUAAUAAUAUCCUUGAGAAAAUUUGUUUUCAUGUUUCAAAAAUCAAUUAAAUAAAUUAUUUGGGAAAGUUAUUCAAUAAAUUAAUUAUAUCAAAUUUAUUUUGUCUUGGUUACCACAAAAUAUUUCUUCAUUGAUUUGUGAUUGUAAACUCAUAAUCGUAGAUUCUGAAUUUUAUUCAUUCAGAAUAAAUUUAUAUGGAUUCUCAUAUUCUAAUUUUUAAGCUUUGUAAUUUAUUAUACUUGACUAUGAUUUCUGUAUCUCUCACUUCUUUCAGCUUCAAAGUGUAACAAUUCUAGAUUAUUUAAAAAAACUCUCCGUCAAUUUUCUAAUUUUGCAAUCCAAAUCACAAAUUCUAAAUCAUAAGACUGACUACCUUCAUGAUAAGAAAAUCAAAAAAACUUACAACUACUGUAAAAACCUAUUGUAUAUAAUGUAAAUAUUAUCACCUUAGAUGUAACAUGUUAUUGUUUGAUAAAUAUAUUGAUAAAAAGUUAUGGUAAUAAUUAUUUUCAAUGAAAAAUAUAUCUGUAUUAAAGAACAGUCCAUUGUCAUAGAAAAUGUUGUUUUAUAUCGUCACAAGUUUAUACUUAAUCAAAAAUAUUGAUCAAUAGAACGGAACAAUCAAACAGUUACAAAUUAAUAAUAUUCAGUUUAGAUGAUUUUCUACUUUUUGUACUGUAUGUGUAUCUAUCUAGUCUUAAGAAUAUGAUUAUUGAAUUAAAUGGAAAUAUUCUGUGAA